AUGGCGGCUGCGGCGCCAAUCGCGAAUGGUUGUCCUGAAGAGUUCGAAGACUGGCUUAGCUCUCGCUUGAAACAGCUAGGACUGGAUGAAGAUGUGUUUGGAAGCUAUGUGACAGGAGUUUUGGAUUCUGAAGAUACGGAUGAAGAACGCAAAGAUGCACUGAUUGGUAUUUUGGAAGGAAUGACGGUAAUGCAUGUUUUCACACGUGACAGUGGUAGAACUGAUUUAAAACUAGAAAUUACUUAAGCUUAAAUGCUUGCAAAAAGUUGAGCUAUCGAGAAUUUUAAUUCUUGAAGAAAUACAGUGUGGAUUUGAACAUUCGCAACCCCUAAAUUUCAUGAACAAUAAAUAAAUAUCAUCCGUUAUAAUCAAUAUUGGAUAACAACUAGCCUGUGUACAGCCGCCUCUCCCCUCAAAAAAAUCGGAAAGGAUCCUUUCCGAUUUUUUUGAGGGGAGGGGCGGCUGUAAUAAUAAUAAUAACAUAAUAUGUAAUAAGUAAUAACUGUUCAAGACAAAACUGCGGAGCAGAUUUUCAAGCAGGGGGGCUAAUGCGCGCUUGUAAGCAUGAGCAAACUAGUGGGAUCCGGGGGCAUGCUCCUCCAGGAAAAUUUCAAAUUUAAGUCUUCUGAAAUGGCUAUAAAUGCAUCUAAAACUGCCAAUAGUAAUAUAAAUUUGUAACUAUUACAUCAGCUCUUAAAACAGCAAGUUACAACGUGGCCCCCAUGUUAGACCAAAAUUUAAAUGAAUAGACUUUGAAGCUGAACCCAACACAGGCAACAGUUGAGUGUCACCUGGACAUUUUUAAGUCAAAUUCUCUGCAGGUGCCAAAGUUGCCUUUCCAAUUGUCAUUAAGAGCUACAAACUCAUUGGCAACAGCUACAAUUAAGACAAAGUUUGUCUGUUCUCUGUUUGUGGGCAUUCAGUAUUGUCAGAUUACUAAACCUUGUUUGUGUGGUAAGUGACAGAUCUGUGUAACCAAAGUAAAAACAAUUAAAUUUUUUUGCCAUCUGAAAAUCACCCCCUGAUUAUGACUGCCUAAGAUAUACUGUGUCGGUGUCACAAGAUGGUGACAGAAGCCUAUGAUAGUGACAGUUCGUGACAAUCUAUUCAGGUGGUGACAACCCGACUAUAAGGUUGUGGGGUCACAAUAGGAAAAUAUCACUGCAUAUGGUAGUGAGACAGAUCGCUAGAUGUUGAUGGAUCAUCACAGCCUUUUUGGUCAGCAAUGAACUGUGAAAGUGCAAAGUUGCAUACCUGUUGAGGCCAAGUAAGGGACCCCCCCCCCUUUCCCCCCCUUUCCCCCGCUUUCCCACAUGGCAAUCAGGUCAACAAAUAGUUGAGUUGCCCUGACGCAUUUUACUGAUGACCUCUGCACUGGUCAUCUUAACUUCAGAAUCAUAAAAUGAAACAAUUUAAGACUUGCUAAGAUGCCAAUUAGACUCUUGACCGUUUAAAAAUCCAAGUCUUUUUGGCAAAAAUUUCAAAGCCUCAAGACUCAUUACAAAUUAUGCUUCUGAGAUUUCAAGAUCAGAUCAGAAUUUUGUGAGACCAAGGUCUGGACAUAUUCAAAUGACUUAAGACGAGGUGAUGUUAUGAGUUAACAUUUUUAUUUGUUUGCCUGUAUUGUACCAAGUUAAAAAAAAUACUGUGUCCACUGGUCAUUUUUUUUCUUUUCUUGCUUCAGGAAUAUCCUUUAGAUGACCUAUGCAAUGAAGUCAUUGACAGAUGGAAAAAUUCAAGAGCAGAGGUGCUUCAACAAAGAGAGCAAGUUAAAGGUAGUGCGUUGUAUGUAACGAUAGUAAUUUUUUUUGAUCAAUAUUCCAGGGGCAUCCAAUUUAGCAGAGCUAGUUUAAAUGGAGCCCUGACACAACAUAAAAACAAAGACAUUAAAACAUUAAAACUAGACAAUUAAGUUACAUAGGUAACAUGUACCGCAGGCACUACUGUAAGUUUAAAAUAGCACUUAAGCUUGAUUGUAUAUAAUUCACUGAGGGCCUCUAGUUGUCUAAUGAUUCUUGGUAGGGCGUUGUUGGUCCAAGCACCGUUUAUUCUGAAGCUACCUUGGUAUUCAGUAGUUUUUGUGAAGGGAGGGCGCAGCAAAUCAUGGCUUCUGGUGUUAUAGCCAUGGAAAAGGUGCAUGUGCCUAAACUCUGUAAGUAAGUACAAAGGCGCUAUUCCGUGAAGACACUUAUGGACUACUGUAAGAUGCAUUUGACGUAAUUUCUGCAUGCUUGUAGGCUGGUCCAGCCAAGUGUUGAUUUUAACUCCUCAGCCCCGAUAGAUCGACCUUCAAUAAUACAUGCUGUGCAUCUAUUUAACCUUAAUAUCUAGAUAGGCUUUGCCCCCAACCCCACAACUGUCCCAGAGAGGUGAACAGUAAUUGAACAAUGGCAAGACUAUAGUAUUUGAGAUACGAAGUGAGAUUAACAGCCCAGAGAGAAUACUGUGGGUUGUAGUGUGGGCUGGUGAAGGGUAUAGAAAUCAGAGAGUUUUGUCCUGAUCAGAAUUUGCCGGCAAAUACAACUGUCUCCCCUCAUGCCUUGCCACUAGAGUUGUUUUGCCGAAGCAACGUCAGUGGUUUGGCCCCCCAAAUCGCAUACUGAUGAUGUAAUUAUUAAUUUCAGAACAAAAAGCAGCAGAGAAACAAAGUAAACUGGCUGAGAUCAUGGAAAAGCAAGCUUGCACAGUAUCAGCCAUGAAACCUGCUCAAGCUACCUCUGAUGGUGAUAUGAAAAAACUACUGGUCGCUCAGUAUGGACAUGCUUCCGAUGAGGAGCUCUGAUAUCCUUUUUUUACUACAACAGUACUACUAUUACUGAGUUUAUCAAACUCGUUAUCAUAAUUUACCAUGUCCAUAAAUUAAUUUUAAAAGAUUGAUAAUAAAAAUAAGGAUAGAAUUGAAACCAGCAACAUAUGCACUACAGUGUACUUUUAACAAUUAAUCAGCUAAUGGUUAUUACAUUUUAUUCUGCAACAAGAAAAAUGAUAAAAUACAGGCAAUUAAUGAUAACAAACACUGGUGUUGAUAUUUUUCUUUAAUUCUGUUUUACUGGUGAUAGCGACGAAGAAGCAGCUCCCUCCGCCAGCAAGGAUCCAGGUUUGUUAGAUUGAUCAUUACUAUUUUUUGUUUAUUUAUUUGCUAUUUUCAUAAUUUAGACGUUGCGGCCCAAAGACCUAAUCAACAUGCAUUUGCCUUGAUUAACUGUUUCAAGUCCCAAUAGUGACCAACAACAAUUUUCUCCCAACAAUAUCCAUACAUUGUCAAGAGAUUAGGCGAUGAGAAUUAACAAAAUGAUCUUCUAAGAGAAAAUGCUUUGAUCUUUUACUAAAUUCUCUCAACUCAAUUUUCAAGGAAAUGUAUAGAGAUUAGUUUGGAGAAUUUGUAUGUUGAUAUUGGGGCUUAAAGGGUUAACAGUAAGAUGGUCAUUUUUUAACAUUAAUCAUUACAAAAUCAAACCCUGCUUUAAGGUGAUGUUACUCAAGAUGAUUUGCAACAACGAUUUUUAGCGCAACAGAUCAUUACAACAUUGUUACGACGUUGUUUCAAACAGCUGCAACAUUGUUCCAACAUUGCAACGCUGUGUUGCGCUAAAAAUCGUCGUUGCGAAUCGUACCGUGUAACAUCACCUUUAAGGACACCGGCUUGAUAAUGUUAUUGUUAUGGACAGUUUGCUUUGUCCCUGGGGAAAGGAAGCCCUUACGUUUUCGCUAAAUUCAAUUCACUUAAUACGGGCUCUUUUUUAAUACAGACUCUUUCUAUGACCCCCUCAGUGUCCAUAUUAAUGGGGUGUGACUGUUAAAAAACCGCCAGAGUUUUGAUAUCAUAAUUCUAGUCAACAUCUUUCUUAAUAUCUUUCCUGGCAACAUCUUUCUUAUAUUUCUAUGUUUCUGACACCAUGUUACAAAAAAUUGAAAAUCCUUCAUCUUCUUUAAUUAUUAGUACCUCCACACCCCUCAAAAAGUACUUGAAAAAAAGGUCCCUGUGGGAAUAAACCCUUUUUUUAUCCCAGACCAAGGGGAGGCCAUUCGUCGUUCUAACUUUUGAAUUUGUGGAUUUGUGUUACCGUUCAAAUGAAAGCUCUUUAGUAGAAAUUUUGCAUAGUACAGUGAAACUUCGUUAAUAUGGACUCUGAAGAGCGGGGGAGGGGUGGGGGUGUCGUAUUAGCGGGUUGUCCGUAUUAAGUGGGUUGAAUGUAUAGAAAAUGUAAGGGCUUUCUUUCCCAGGGGCAAAGCAAACUGUCCGUAUUAAGCGGGUGUCUGUAAAGCGAGGUUUGACUGUACUAUUGAUUUCUUAGGAUUCUACAAAAAGAAAUUGAGAACUUUCACUCUGGCCGCUGUCAUGAAUGAAAGGAAAAAAUCUAGGGACGAAAUUUAGGUUUCUGGGAAACUCUCCACCUACCCCUCCCUUAAGCCAUCAUUUUGCCCAAAGUGAGAAUUAAGUGUUAAUGUCAGCUUAGGGGAGGGGUAGGUGGUCAGUUUCCCACUGAGAAACCUAAAUUGAUCGGAAUCUAGUGUACAGUUAGCCUUCGAACAGCAGACGCAUUUCCGGUAGAGAAGCGACGACCGGAAAUGCGUCUGCUGUUCGCAGGCUAGUGUACAAUGUUGCUCUGAAAUUCGUCUUUUUUACAGCGCUGUUCAAAAAUGUGAAUGUUCAAUCAGUAGCGGACAAGGAAAAGGAGAAGAGAGACAAAAUGAAGGAGGAAAAUGAGCAGAAGAAACAGCAGAUCAAAGACGCGAAGGAAAAACAAAAACAAAAGGCUGAGGAAAGAAAAGAGAAGGAGAAGAAAAGAACACAGAAAGGAGAGCGAAGAAGAUGA